AUGUGCCGCGCUGCCGAGGCUCACUCAGCCUUUCGUUUGUACCGCACUGGCCACUGCAGCGCAGGACAGGGAGGAGCUUUGGCUCUUGCAACUUCGUUGCGGGCUUCACAGAUCGAUCCGAGUGCCUGGCGUGGCGAUAGCCUCAUCCUGGGCUGUUGGAAUCGAGCCUCUCCUGCUCUGGGGACACGUCGCAAGAGCAAAGACUCGGCUCAGGGAGCGUCAACAUCAAGCUACGUGGCAUUGCCGCCAUCGCGCUCACAGCAGAGUCACCGUCACACCACUUCGACUCCUUUGCUCUCCCUCGUUCGCCGGGGGGGUUUGGGUGAUAACGGGCAUAUUUUGCGGCUCAGGCUGGCCCGUCUGGUCCUCGCGACAGCCCGGCGACACCACACGGCUUGCGUACUCACGACAUCAAACCAGCCCGCGACAUCGACGACCAUCGUUACAAUGGCAUCGCCAUCAGCGCUGGCCCCGCCUCCGAGCGACAAGGCCGUCAUGCAGGGCACUGGAGCCGGCUCUUCCGGGCCAGACCCGAUCCUGCGGAAUGCCUUGCGAUACACCAUCUCGCCGCGCGAAUACGCGGCUCUGCACAAGUACAUCCUCUCCAAGUCGCGGGCGCUGCGCCGCGCGGCACCAAGCCCAAGCAGCGUGGACAAGGCGCUGCAGCCGAGGAAGGGAGGCGACGACUACAAUGCAAAGGCGGUGCGACACUCGCUGCGCGUCUUCACGGCGACGUGGAUUGGCAUGAAGGCGUGGGACGCGGUCAUGAAGAGGCUUGGGAGCAAGGAUCCGAGUGCAGGUGGGCAGAAGAAGCCAAUCUACAAAUCCCCCGCCUUGAGGCUCUCCCUCUCGCUGUCCAGCAUCUUGUUUCUCUACCGGGUGCUCUUCCGCUUCCUCACCCGGCUCCGCGUCCAUCUCCUGGAUCCUCAAGCAGAGCCUUUCCGGCUGCGCAACCCACGGACGACGGCAACCCUGACGUCGCCGUUUGCGCCGGCCAUUGGUGCCUCGCUCGCGGGCCUUGCCCUCGGCGUCUAUCCGUCCCAGCAGAUGCGUGUCAGCAUCGCCAUCUACGCCCUGUUCCGGGCCUUGGAGUUUGGCUGGAAUGUGUGCGAGAAGGACGGCAUGAUUUGGGGCAUCAAGAAUGGGAAGAACCGCGAGCGGCCCUGGUGGUUCGGUAGCUGGAUGCUGCAGCCCCUGGCUUUCGGCCAAUUGCUCCACGCUGCAGUCUUUGACCCUGAUUGCUUCCCUUCUUCUUUUGGAGAUUUUAUUUUCAAAAACUCGUCUACUUACCUGCCCCCGCGGCCAGAGAACUAUCCCACGACUCUCAAAUGGCCCAGUGCGACUGACGUCCUGGCGAAUAUCGCAGAGAUGGCCCGACUCAACUGGCCACCCAAUAUUUCUCCCAUCUUGUUCCCCAACAAAGAGGUUCUCCCGCCCACGCUGGCUGGCGUCUCACCACUGAGCUCACAGGCUCACCCGCUCAUUACCUCCCUCUCCUGCGCAACUCUUCACCCCACAGACCCAUCUUGUCUGCGAACCUACCUCACCUUUUGGCUCAACUCCUUCCCGACCAUGACGCGUUUCUUCCUCAUCUUUACUUCCGCCAUGACCAUCAUCCCCCGGUUCCGCAACCUGUACAACUUCCCAUUCGCCACCAUCCAGCGCAUCAUAUCGCAGGCUCUGCGCCUCUCCACCUUUGCUACGGGGUCCAUCUCGACGGCCUGGGCAUCUAUUUGCUUCUUCCAGCAGUAUCUUCCCCGUCAUGUCCUUGCGACGCAGCGUAUCUUCUUUGGAGGCUUCCUCGCGGGCAUGUGGGCGUGGGUAGAGCGUCGCCACGGCCGCGGCGUGUUCCUGUACUCUGCUCGUGCCAGCGUCGACAGCCUGUGGAAGGUGGGUGUGAAGCGACGCUGGUGGAAGGCCAUGAAGGGCGGAGACGUGUGGGUGUUUGUUCUCGCGCUGAUGGUGACGGGCGUGGUGUAUGAGCGCGACGCAAAGGCCAUUCGGGAGGGCCAGUGGCGCAAGGGUGUGAGCUGGCUGCGGGGCGAAGGGUGGAAGGACUGGGCUUUGGAGGAGGAUGGGGAAGAUGAGGAUGAAGAGAAGGACAAGGAUGAGUAG